UCUUUUUUUUUUUUUUUUUUCCUCCAAUUUUUCUUGUCAUGUCGUCAAAUGUCGUCAAAGGCCGCACUGUCCCAGCCGCAUGCGGCUGAGGCGGCCGAUGUGCUCAAGGCCUACAAGGUGUCCGAAAAGACCGGCCUCAGCGACAAGCAGGUUGAGGCCGCCCUCGAGGAGUUUGGCCUCAAUGAGCUGCCUGCUGAAGAAGGCACUCCGCUGUGGAAGCUCGUUCUCGAGCAGUUUGACGAUCUGCUCGUCCAGAUCUUGCUCGCUGCUGCCGUCAUUUCGUUUGUUUUGGCAAUUUUCGACAACGAGGAGGGUGUUUCGGCCUUUGUUGAGCCCCUGGUUAUCAUUCUGAUUCUCAUCGCCAACGCUGUCGUUGGUGUGUGGCAAGAGCGCAACGCUGAGGAUGCGAUCGAGGCACUGAAGGCUUACGAGCCAGAGAUUGCCAAGGUUGUCCGCAACGGCGAGCUCACCAACAUCAAGGCCAAGCAGAUUGUCCCCGGCGACAUUGUCGAGGUGGCAGUUGGUGACAAGAUUCCCGCUGAUCUCCGUGUCAUUCGUAUCAAGUCCACGACCAUUCGCGUUGAUCAGGCCAUUCUGACUGGCGAGUCCGUGUCCGUCAUCAAGCAGGUCGAGGCUUGCGGUGACGCCCGAUCUGUCAACCAAGACAAGCUCAGCAUCAUGUUUAGCGGCACUGCCGUUGCAUCGGGCUCUGCUGUUGGUGUGGUCGUUGGCACUGGCUUGAACACUGCGAUUGGCCGCAUCAGCAAGGCCAUGGCUGAGACUGAGGAGCAGCGCUCGCCGCUGCAAAAGAAGCUCGACGAGUUUGGCGAGCUCCUGUCCAAGGUCAUUGGUGUCAUUUGCAUUCUUGUCUGGCUGAUCAACAUUGGCCACUUUUCCGAUCCCGCUCACGGCGGCUCUUGGUUCAAGGGCGCCAUCUACUACUUUAAGAUUGCCGUCGCUCUGGCAGUUGCCGCCAUCCCCGAGGGUCUCCCUGCCGUCAUCACGACCUGCCUUGCGCUUGGCUCGCUUCGCAUGGCCAAGAAGAACGCCAUUGUCCGCAACCUCCCCUCCGUCGAGACGCUCGGCUGCACCUCUGUCAUUUGCUCGGACAAGACUGGCACCCUGACCACCAACCAAAUGUCCGUCUCCAAGAUGGUUGUCUUCCGCGCUGGCCGUGCUGCUGGCUCGACCGCUCCGAUGGAAUUUUCCGUGUCUGGCACGACCUUUGAGCCGAAGGGUGAGUUCACGCUUGGCAGCAAGCGUGUCAACCCGCUGGCCGAGGCUCCCAACGCUGUGCGUGAGCUCGCUGCUAUUGCCAGCCUUUGCAACGAGGCGCGCAUUUCCUACGACCAAGGCAGCAAGACGUACCAAAAGCUUGGCGAAGCCACCGAGGCUGCCCUGGCCGUCCUCUCGGAGAAGCUCGCCAUUGACGACGCACGCGCCACCUUGUCUGCCGCCGAUCUUGCCUCUUCUUCGCGCAAGGUGUUUGAAAGCACCUACGACAAGGCCUUCACCCUCGAGUUCUCGCGCGACCGCAAGUCCAUGUCCGUGUACUGCGUGCCCAAGGCUGGCAAGAAGAAUGUCAUGUUUGUCAAGGGCGCCCCCGAGGGCGUGAUUGAGCGAUGCUCGUUUGUCCGUCUCGCUGACGGCUCCAAGGUUCCCCUCGUGCCCGGCGACGAGACCCACGAGACCAUCCACAAGAUUCUGCUGUCGUACGGCACUGGCUCGGACACGCUCCGCUGCCUGGCCCUCGCCACGGUUGACGAGCCUCUGGCUGCCAACAAGUUUGAUUUCACCAACGCUGAAAAGUUCAAGACGUACGAGAGCAACAUGACGCUCGUCGGCAUUGUCGGCAUGCUCGAUCCGCCGCGCCCCGAGGUGCGCGACUCGAUCCAGAAGUGCCGCGAGGCUGGCAUUCGUGUCAUUGUCAUCACCGGCGACAACAAGAACACUGCCGAGGCCAUUUGCCGCCGCAUUGGCGUCUUUGGCGAGGAUGAGGAUUUGAAGGGCAAGUCGUACACUGGUCGCGAGUUUGACGACCUGUCCCCGGCCGAGCAAAAGAAGGCUGUCUUGCGUGCCUCGCUGUUUUCGCGCACCGAGCCGACCCACAAGUCGCGCCUGGUCGAGCUGCUCCAGGAGCACGGCGAGAUUUCGGCCAUGACUGGUGACGGUGUCAACGACGCCCCUGCCCUCAAGAAGGCCGAGAUUGGUGUUGCCAUGGGCUCUGGUACCGAGGUCGCCAAGAGCGCUUCCAAGAUGGUUUUGGCCGACGACAACUUUUCGACGAUUGUCUCUGCCGUCGAGGAAGGCCGCGCCAUUUACAACAACACGAAGCAAUUCAUCCGCUAUCUCAUCUCGUCCAACAUUGGCGAGGUCGUUUGCAUCUUUUUGACUGCCGCGCUGGGCAUGCCCGAGGCGCUCGUUCCCGUUCAGCUCUUGUGGGUCAACCUCGUCACCGACGGUCUGCCCGCGACCGCUCUGUCCUUCAACCCUGCCGACUCUGACAUUAUGAGGAAGCCCCCGCGCAAGGCCGACGAGAGCAUGAUUGACGGCUGGCUCUUCUUCCGCUACAUGGUUAUCGGCACCUAUGUUGGUGUUGCCACCGUGUUUGCCGCCGCCUGGUGGUUUUUGUUCUACCACGCUGGUCCCCAGCUGUCUUGGGAGCAGCUCACCGAUCACCUCGGCUGCGACGCCUCCGUCCCUGGCAACUACUGCCACGUCUUUGAGGAUCCCCACCCUGCCACCAUGGCCCUCUCCGUGCUUGUCACCAUCGAAAUGUUCAACGCGCUCAACUCGCUCAGCGAGAACCAGUCGCUCUUCUCGAUGCCUCCAUGGACCAAUCGCAUUCUCCUCGGUGCCAUUGCCAUGUCGAUGAUUUUGCACUUUGCCAUUCUGUACAUUCCCUUCAUGUCGGCUCUGUUCCACAUUUGCCCCCUCAACGGCGAAGAGUGGGUUGUGGUCAUUGCCAUUUCCUUCCCCGUUAUUAUUCUUGACGAAAUUCUCAAGUUUAUUUCUCGCAAGCGUGCUGAUUCCGCUCUGAGCAAGCGCACCUCCACCAAGGCUGUCGAUUCGCGCAAGAAGCGUAACUAAAGCGACAUGCUCUUCUAGUGUGGCCCUAUUCCUUUUGAGCCAAAAUCUGAAGCUUAUUUACAUUGAGAGUUUUUUUUUUCCAUGUUUUUUUGUUUUGGUUCUCUUUCGAUCCUUUUGUUUUUUUUUUUUUUUUUGUUUUCUUUGUGCACUAUUUUCUUUUUCGUUCGUUGUUUUUUUGUUGUUUCAUCAUCUUCCUCUUGCUUUGUUCUUAGCAUCACUUGUUCCAAAUGUAAAAUUCCCAACUCCGCUUCUGAACCG